CACACACACACACACACGCACACACACAAAAAAUAUCUAAGACCACAAAGCAUAAGAAUCCUUCUUUCUCUCUCUCAUAGAAGAGCAAGAAAGCUUCAAAAGAUCUUUAAAAGCUUAAGAUUUUCUCCCUGCUAAUUUUUCUCCUUUUUUCAAAUACAAAAGAUAAUCCUUAUCUUCAUCCUCUCGCCAGCCAACAAAAUCAACCAAAGGAGGCAACUAUUUUUCUGUUUUCUGAUUAUUAUUUUUUUUUUCGCCUAAGAGUUCUUGCUAAACCCUAACUUUUCCUAAAGAGACUUGAAGAAUCAAGAAAUGAGCAGCCUCGAGGAAUCCCUGAGAUCUCUGUCGUUAGAUUUCCUAAACCUUCUAAUCAACGGUCAAGCUUUCUCCGACGUAACCUUCAGCGUUGAAGGUCGUCUAGUUCACGCUCACCGUUGCAUCCUCGCCGCUCGGAGUCUUUUCUUCCGAAAAUUCUUCUGUGGGACCGACCCACCACAACCCGGUGCAGGCAUAGACCCGACCCGACAUGGAUCAGUACCCGUUAGCCCAACAAGAGGCUCCCAGGCCCCAGCUGGAGUCAUACCAGUGAACUCAGUCGGUUACGAGGUGUUUCUUUUGCUGCUUCAGUUUCUUUAUAGCGGACAAGUUUCGAUCGUGCCGCAGAAACACGAGCCGAGGCCUAACUGUGGAGAGAGAGGAUGUUGGCAUACCCAUUGCUCAGCCGCCGUCGAUCUUGCUCUUGAUACUCUCGCCGCCUCUCGUUACUUCGGCGUCGAGCAGCUCGCAUCGCUCACUCAGAAACAACUAGUAAGCAUGGUGGAGAAAGCCUCAAUAGAAGAUGUGAUGAAAGUGUUAAUAGCAUCAAGGAAGCAAGACAUGCAUCAGUUAUGGACCACUUGCUCUCACUUAGUAGCCAAAUCAGGUCUCCCACCAGAGAUUCUAGCCAAGCAUCUCACCAUGGAUGUUGUCGCCAAGAUUGAAGAGCUUCGUCUCAAAUCUUCAAUAGCUCGACGUUCUCUAAUGCCACAUCACCACCAACAUGAUCUCACCGUUGCUCAAGACCUCGAAGAUCAAAAGAUAAGAAGGAUGAGACGAGCUUUGGAUUCAUCAGAUGUGGAGCUAGUUAAGCUAAUGGUUAUGGGAGAAGGACUCAAUCUUGAUGAGUCAUUAGCAUUGCAUUACGCUGUUGAAAGCUGUAGUAGAGAAGUUGUGAAGGCUUUGCUUGAACUUGGAGCAGCCGAUGUGAAUUACCCGGCAGGUUCCGCUGGGAAAACACCGUUGCACAUCGCCGCUGAAAUGGUCUCUCCUGACAUGGUGGCUGUUCUGUUAGACCACCAUGCCGAUCCAAAUGUAAGGACGGUCGGUGGAAUCACUCCUCUUGAUAUCCUUAGGACGUUAACUUCUGAUUUCUUGUUCAAGGGGGCAGUUCCUGGAUUGACUCACAUUGAACCGAACAAGCUAAGGCUCUGCCUUGAGCUUGUUCAAUCUGCUGCGAUGGUGAUAUCUCGAGAAGAAGGAAACAAUAAUGAUCACAACAACACGAUUUACUCUCAGAUGAACGAUGAGCGCAAUAGCGGAAGUAGUGGAGGAAGUAAUAACAAUUUGGAUUCAAGAUUUGUGUAUCUCAAUCUUGGGGCUGGUGCGGGUCAGAUGGGUCCGGGUCGGGAUCAUGGAGACGACCAUAACAGUCAGAGGGAAGGUAUGAGUCGACAUCAUCAUGACCCAUCUACUAUGUAUCAUAACCAUCAUCAACAUCACUUCUAGUUCUCUUUCAGUCUCUGUCUCGGCCAUUAAGACACAAUCUAUAUUUAUUAUUUAUUAAUUUAGUUCUUUGUAUUUUCAUAUAUUUUCUUUUGGUUAUGGAAAUGCGGACAUACAAGUAGAGUACGAAGAAGAGUGGCAUAGAAGAUUUUAAGAUCAUGCAUUAUAUAACUAAAAGACUUAGGUUAUUUGAUUUUUUUAUCUAUUUCUCUAGAAAUGUUUAAUCUAGUUCUCUGUAAUUGUAUUGAUUAGUCCUUUGUUUAAUUUUGCCAUCAAUUAAUUCCUUAUCUUUCUACCCUGA